AUGUAUUCCAAGUAUAAUUUUAUUAAGGAUCUUAAUCCUACUAAGGAGGAGUGGAGGAUUGAGGCUAGAGUUGUUAGAACAUGGAAGGUUCCUAAUUUUCAGCAAAAACAUUUUGACGACAACGUAGAGAUGAUUCUGUUAGAUGAAAAGGGUGGAAGGGUCCAUGCUGCUGUCAAGGGUUCUUUGCAUAUCCGUAAAAAAAUUCACGAAGGAGAAGUUUAUUUCAUAAAAUUUUUUGGAGUUGGUUUGAAUAGUGGUAGUUUCAGGCCAACUAAGCAUGAUUAUCGUUUGUCUUUCAACUUGAGGACUGAUGUAAAAUCCACUAUUGAUUCUGCUAUUCCCACCAAUGGAUUUGAUUUUGUAGAUUUUGACGUUAUAAAGAAAGAGUCUUCUGAUUCCCCUUAUUUAGUAGAUGUCAUCGGUUUAGUUUCUGGAAUAGGGGAAGUUCGUAAGCAUAUUAUCUCCGGUAGGAAGACAAAAAUGGUAGUCGUGGAGCUUGAUAAUCUCAGGCUUUCGUCUGAUGUCAUUGAUAGCGUUUACACAUUGUCUCAGUUAUCAAGUCAGUCCUCAUAUUCUUUUGAGAAUGAUUUCCUGAAAGAGACGAAAAGGAAGUGUAUCAGUGAUGUUAAGAAUUGCAGUGAGGUUACUACUUGCAUUACUUAUCGAACCAUAAAAUUGAUUGAGAGCAAAUAUAAUUGGUGGUACAAGUCCUGUAAUAAAUGUCCAUAUUCUGUUUGUGAAGAUUUCGAGAAAUGGUAUUGUAAAAACUGCCAAAAACAUUUGGAUGAUUAUUAUCCAAAAUUUUGUGUGCAGUUGAGAGUUGUGGAUCACACUGAUUCUGCAUCUUUCAUUCUGUUUGAUAGAGAUUGUGUCGCUUUGUUGGGCAUGAGUGCUGCGGAUUUACGUGAGCAGCAUUUCAAAAGGGGUGUUGAUUUGGAGCACUAUCCUAAGGAACUUAAUGUUCUUAUUGAUAAAUCCAUGAUGAAAGAUUAUUUGACAAGGCUUGCGACAGUGCCGUUGCAUCAGCAGAACCAGAAAGAUAGUCCUAAUACUGGACUUGACAUUGAUAACUUGAUUUCAGCUGAGAUUCCUAACAAAGAUUCCAAUCCUUCACUUUUUGCAGCUGUCACGUGUUAUAUGAUGCAUGGACCCUGUGGUCCUGACAAUUACAAGUCUCCUUGCAUGAAGAACGGACAUUGUUCAAAGAAAUUUCCCAAGAAGUUCUGCUCCCGUACUUUUAUUGAUGAUAAUGGAUUCCCUCGUUAUAGAAGAAGAAAUGAUGGGAGUGUUGUCAAAAAGAACGGCGUUGAACUUGAUAACUGUUAUGUUGUGCCGUAUGUGUCCGCAUGUGAAGCUGCUUGGAGAAUAUUCGGAUUUGAGAUUCAUUACAGAUUCCCCCCUGUUCAGCGAUUGCCAUUUCACCUACCCAAUGAAAAAAGCGUUGUUUUUAGUGAUCAUGCUUCAAUAACCGAUGUCAAGACUGGGGCGGAGUCUAGACAAUCAAUGUUCGAGUCUUGGAUGGAUGCAAAUAAAAAAUAUCAAGAAGGUAGGAAUCUUACUUAUGCAGAUUAUGAAGAUUUGAGAACGGUCAAUGGGGUGCUUUUUCCUACAUAUAAGGAUGUCUGUUAUUCUUUGGGGCUUUUGGAUGAUGACAAUGAGUACAUUGAUGCAAUUAAGGAGGCAAGUUCUUGGGGGUCAGCAACUUAUCUGAGAAAUUUGUUUGCCUUAUUGUUAUUUGGUAACUCAAUGAACAAGCCUGAAAAUGUUUUCCAAAAAUGCUGGGAAUUACUAUCUGACGAUGUUCUUUAUCGGCAUAGGCAAAGAAUUGGACGUGAAGAUGAUUUGCUUACAGAGGAUUCUAUAAAAAACAUAACCCUUGCAGAAAUCGAUAAGGUGUUGCAAAGCAACAGUAAAUGCCUCUCUGAUUACCCAUCCAUGCCGAGCAUCAUCGAUGAAUCUUUAUUGGAUAUGCAGAAUAGAUUGGUGAUGGAUGAAUUUUUGUAUGACAGAUUCUCUUUGAAAGAAGAGCAUGACAGACUACUGAAUUCACUCACUGAUGAGCAAAGGGUUGUUUAUGACAAAAUAAUUUCAGCUGUUUCGGCAGGUAAAGGAGGAUUUUUUUUCCUGUACGGCUUUGGUGGGACUGGAAAAACAUUUAUUUGGAACACUCUGUCAGCAUUUGUUCGAUCUCGAGCUGAAAUAGUGCUUAAUGUUGCUUCUAGCGGAAUUGCUUCCCCUCUUCUUCCUGGAGGACGUACGAUACAUUCUAGAUUUCGUAUUCCUAUACAGAUCACCGAAGAUUCAACAUGUAAUAUAAAACAAAAUUCUACUUUGGCAGAGUUGUUGUCAAAAACAAAGUUAAUCAUUUGGGAUGAAGCACCGAUGGUACACAAAUUUUGCUUUGAGGCUCUUGAUAGAACACUUAGAGAUGUUCUUAGAUUUAAUGAUACCAACUAUGUUGAUAUGCCCUUUGGUGGAAAAGUUGUCGUUCUAGGAGGUGUCUUUCGGCAAAUAUUACAUGUCAUUCCAAAUGGCAGUAGACAAGAUAUAGUUCAUGAAACCAUCAAUUCUUCCUAUCUAUGGUCCCAUUGUCAUCUGUUAUCUUUGACCAAGAACAUGCGUCUCAAUUCUGGAAGUAGCACUAAUAAUUUGUUGGAAAUAAAAGAAUUUUUUGAGUGGCUGCUUAAAAUAGGAGAUGGUGAUCUUGGGGAUGAUGUUGAUGGAGAAUCUAUUAUAACAAUUCCAGAUGAAUUGUUGAUCAAAGGUACAGAAGACCCACUUUCAGAUAUUGUUGAUUUUGUUUACCCGAAUCUGAUGGAUAAUAUAUUAGAUCCUACUAUCUUUAAAGAACGUGCUCUUCUGACUCCUAAAUUGUCCGAUGCUACCAUGUUAAACGAGUACCUAAUGGCUGUGAUUCCGGGUGAAGAAAGGACAUUUUUGAGUUCAGAUAAGGUUUUGAAACAAGACGGUAAUUCAUCUCUUGAGGAUGACGAAAUCUCCCCUGAUAUCUUAAAUACAUUCUCAUGUUCGGGGAUUCCUGAUCAUAAAUUAACUUUGAAGGUUAAAGUACCGGUGAUGCUAUUGAGAAAUAUUGAUCAAUCAAGAGGUUUAUGCAACGGUACGAGAUUACUUAUUACAAAGUUGGAGAAUCAUGUUGUUGAGGCAAUUGUUCUUACAGGAAACAAAAUAGGAGAUACUGUGUUAAUCCCUAGAAUGACGAUCAGCCCAUCGGGUCAUACAUUUCCAGUAAACUUCCAAAGAAGACAAUUCCCCUUGGUAGUUUCGUUUGCGAUGACUAUCAACAAAAGUCAAGGACAGUCGCUGUCUCAUGUUGGCAUUUAUCUUCCUAGGCCUGUCUUCACUCAUGGGCAAUCAUAUAUGGCACUAUCUAGAGUAAAGAGCAGACAUGGAUUGAAGAUGCUGAUACUUGAUGAAAAUGGUUGCGUUACAAAUACUACCUUUAACAUCGUCUACAAGGAAGUAUUUCAAAGAUUAGUGUAG